UGUCGCUAGUAACCGUCACUUAUAAGUUAGAGUAUUGGAGGUUGUCCAAAAUAAUUUGUCUUCGUCGUUUGUUGUCUAUUUCUUGCCGGAGUGCACUGAGUAUUAAAAGCAUCAGAGAGACUGCGAAUUUUCAUCAGGAUUCUUGAAAUGGAUAAAAUCGAGAUUGCUACCAGGAAGGCUAACAAUUUGGGUACUUUAUGGGAUUUUAUCCUUAUAGAAUUUAAUCGUGGCUAUUCUCUAGAAAAUGACGAAAAAGAAUUUUCAGACAGGAGAGAAAAAGUUUAUGCUUUCAUGAAAAUACCCUUAGAAGUAGAACGAUUCAUCUUCUAUGGCAUUUGUCAGUGUGCAGAUUCAUUCCUAUUUGUCUAUACUUUUUUACCGUUGCGGGUAUUUAUAGCAUUAAAAUCAUUAAUGUGUAGUACCUUAUCAAAGUUUAUGGACAAAAAUAAUAGAAAACAGUUAUCUACUGCGGAGAUUUGUGACUUACUAAAGAUGGCUGUACUAAUAACAUGUUCUAUUAUGUUAGUACCGUUGGAUACGUCAAUGAUAUAUCAUUUAAUUAAAAGCCAGUCGAUUAUUAAGUUGUAUAUAUUUUUUAACAUGUUAGAGGUUGGAGACAAGUUAUUUUCAUCAUUUGGCCAAGACAUUUUAGAUGCAUUGUAUUGGACUGCUACUGAACCUAAGACUAGCCAGCGUAAACAUUUUGGUGUUUUACCACAUUUUAUUAUUGCUGUGUUAUAUGUCUUGUUACAUAGUAUAAUUGUAUUAUGCCAAGCUACCACAUUGAAUGUUGCUAUUAAUUCAAGGCGCAAGGCAUUACUACCAAUCAUGAUGUCCAAUAAUUUUGUAGAAUUUAAUGGAAGUGUGUUUAAAAAAUUUAAUAAAACAACCUUAUUCCAAUUAUCGUGCAAUGAUGUCCGCGAACGAUUUAAUCUGUUCAUAUUAUUAUUAAUGGUUGUAGUGCAGACAAUCAAAGAAUAUCAAUGGAGUAGUGAAUCAUUUUGCGAGUUAAUGCUCAACUGUAUGUAUAUUAUGAUUUUGGAAAUAAUAAUUGAUUGGACGAAACACGCAUUCAUCACAAGGUUUAAUGAAAUUGACUUGUCAGUAUACAAUGAAUAUGUAUUAAAAUUUGCUAAUGAUACUGUACAAUCAUAUUAUCAAAAGGGGUUCAGUGAUAACUCAGAUUUAGUGGCCAGACGAAUGGGCUUUAUUCCAAUUCCACUUGGAGUAGUUAUAAUUAAGAUUCUAACUAGAUGUGUGUCUUUCGAUGAACUAUUAGUGUCCAUAAUACUUUUAUUGUCUAUAUUUAUAUGUCUAUUUACAUUGAAAAUUGUUAAUCUUGUAUAUAUACUAGGAAGAGCUUCCAAGUUGAUAGACCUCCACAAAACUCCUUUAAUAAAAAAUAAUCACAUUAUAAAUGACAUAAGUUGUGAAGACAAAGAGAUUACUACAAUAAGACCACAAAACAACGACAAAGAUAAAAACAAUAAACCUUCACUACUGGUUGAAGGCUUGCCAUUGGGACAUAUACCAAUUAUUGUGACUAGCAAUGAUAUACAGGAGUCGUGCCUUAAUACACAAGUAGUAGAAGACAUGAAUUCAGAUUUGUUAUAUGAUGAUUCUGAUUUACACUUAACUAGAUUAUUUACUUGAUCCUAGUAUAUCAAGUACAAAAUCAGGUUGAAUAAUCAUUGAAAUAUACAAGUCUGUUAUUUUAUUGAACAACACUCAAUAUUUCAAAAUGUAUUUAUGUUAUUGAUAAAAAAUUUAAGUUCUUGUUUUUUUGAAUGACAAUUUUAAUUUCAUAUUAUGAAGCAAAAUAUUUUUCGGAGUAUUUCGAUAUAUACAAAUAGGUGAAUUAGGUGAAUAGAGUAGAGAGGUACAGUAAUACCCUGCAAAAUGUUGGUCUAUUAUUCCGCUUACUUAUACUUAAAAUACUUAUAACUUAUUAACUACUCUUCUGAAUUUCGAUUUUUAUGUAUCGAAGUACAAAGA